AUGGAGGAAAUGCUCGACAUCUUAACCUCUGAGUCUUCUCCACAAGGAUUUCAGCAGCAGACGGCGUCGUCAAUAAUAAAUCGAGCAUGUGCAAACUGUGCCCGAGCAAAGUCAAAAUGCAUAUUCGAUCGACAAGAUAGACGGACGAAAUGCCAAAGAUGCAAUCGUUUAGAAAAAGAAUGCCAGCCUACCGCUGCUCGAGCGCGGCCGCCAGCAAAGAAGCGCAGAACAACUUCUUCUAGUGGCAAACCGCGUGUUGAAAAAAUUGAAGAGAAGCUCGACGGUCUGAUCUCUCUGCUGAAGACAAAUCGAGAAGGCACUGUCGAUUUGGUUGUUGGUGCUAGUAGUGGGCCCCUCGCAUCCAAAUCUGGUGUCUCAACGGUCGAACAUUACUCUAAACCAUUGCCCAGAGCAGGUUCUUACGGCAUUCUUGCAUUAGGAAACCAAUUACUUGAUGGCGCGCCACUAUUUACUCCUGCGCCAUCUCGUCCAGCCUCCGAGGAUUCUCAAAAUCUUCCCACAAGCGACGAAGUACCGAUUACCUUCACACUGACAAAGUCUUUCCGCCCUUCACUUCCUGCCGCUUUUCUCGAUUCCAAUCCGCUUAUUGCUGGAUUCAGCCAGUCAGAAUCCGAACGGCUUUUGGGUGUUUUUCGAAAGCAGAUGAAUCCUUGGUUUCCGUUCAUUUCAUUUUCCCAGGCAACUUAUACAUCGUUGCGAAGGGAGCGACCAUUUCUACUUAGCUCAAUACUAGCUCUUGCUUGCCAAAAGGCGCCUAUACAGCGCGAGCUGGGCAACGAACUGAUAAAACAACUUACGGAAAGAGUGUUCAUUCAUAAUGAAAGGGGCAUCGACUUACUUCUUUGUUAUAUCAAUUACACUGGAUGGUGCUGUUACAACUUUUUCAACCUUACUAGGCUCACUGGUCUCUUGGCUGCGAUCAAUGUCAUUCUACGCGAUCUCAUGCUUGAUAAGUCACAUCUGAAAGAGAAUGCAACGAGUUUUGAAUCUGCAAUGCGAGAAUCAUGUGGGCGAAAAUACACCUCAAUUCCUCCAAGGACCCUUGAGGAAAAGCGGAUUCUCCUGGGUUGUUUCUACAUCACUUCUGUCCUUGCUCUGCAGUUUCACCGAACGGAGUCUCUUUCACUCACGGAAUACCUUGACGAAUGCUGUGAAGAAGUCGGCGCAACCAAUAGCUUGAGCGACCGCUUUGCGUCAGCGAGUAUUCGUGUUCAAAUCUUUAAUGAGCGUGUAGCGCAAGCACCUUGGAACAGUAAAUCAAGCUUAGGAAUGUCAUACUCGAUGCCAAUAAUGCCUGUUGUGAAAACGUUGUUGGCCCAGCUAUUUGCAGUGAAGGAUAGUCUCUCACCCGAAAUUCUUGCACAUAUACCAAUAACACUGGCCUUCCAUGCUGCAGAAAUAUACUUGUACAGGGUUGGCUUCGCCAAAUCACCACUCGUGCCAGAAAGCAGUAUGCCAGGUCUUCAACGUAUGGAGCUACUUUGCGCAUGCCACGCAUCCAUUGUCGCUUUAUUCAACGCGUUCGUAACAGUACCCGAAGCAGAAUAUCACAGUUUGACGCUCCCAGUCUACAUGCAGUUGGCUCAAGGUUACUCCGCUUUGACUUUGCUGACAACAUUUGAGCAUAGCGAAUGGGAUAUGUCUUAUUUGCCAAACCCCAUGGAUAUAUGCGAUGUACUUGGUACAAUCGCUGACAGAUUUGAUUCUGCAUCAGCAAAGUUAGGUCUCGAACAAAGUCUCGACUGUGGAGAAAUCCACGUUUUCGUCGUCUAUGCGAAGAAGUUGCGAGGGGUUCGCGAAUUCUACCGUACGAAAAUCCUUACCAAAACCACGGCCGAUUCGAAAUUGAACCAGGCAACUCCUCCGAGCGAGAUUACAAAUGCUGAAGAGGUAUCGAUUGAAAAUCCCCUGGACUCUAUUGAUGAAGCAUGGUUCUAUGAUUGGAUGGCACCUUUGGAUUUUGACGGGAUGUUGUGA